AUGGCUACUUUUAAGAAACUCGUGCGCUUUGCCGAUGGCACCCAAACUUACUAUGGGGAUCUGAUUGAGGCCAAAGGAAACAAAUAUACCGUUCAGAAAUUGGAUGGAAGUCCAUUUACCAGUCUCCAACCCACAGAAGAAAUUCAUGAAGUGGAUUCGCUCUUAUGCCCGAUUGAAAGUACGCCAAUCAUCAUCUGCAUCGGGCUAAACUACAAGCAACAUGCUACAGAAGCAAAUCUUCCUAUCCCCAAAUACCCCAGUGUCUUUACCAAGCCCGCCGAUGCACUCGCCGGACCAAGCGAGGCUAUUGAAAUCCACCCCGACGCGCGUGAAUUCCUAGACUACGAGGGAGAAUUGACGGUGGUGAUUUCCAAGGACGCAAAGAACGUCUCUGAGGAAGACGCGCUCGACUAUGUCUUAGGAUACACUGCCGGAAAUGAUAUUUCUGCGCGUAAUUUCCAACUUCCCGAGGUCUCCGGUGGCCAAUUCUGCUACGCUAAGUCUUUUGACAAGUUUGCGCCAAUUGGCCAUACUAUUACAUCGGCACAGGAGAUCUCGGACCCCCAGAAGCUGCAGUUGAGGACCAAAGUCAACGGGGUUGUCAAGCAAGAGACCAGUACAGGAGACAUGAUCUACACCGUGCGACAGAUCAUUAGCCAUCUCUCUCGUGGAACGACGAUUCGCAAGGGGACGCUCAUCAUGACGGGAACUCCUUCUGGCGUUGGUUUCUUCCGGAAAGAAUUCUUGAAGCAUGACGAUAUUGUGGAGAUAGAGAUUGAUGGGGUUGGAAACACCAACAACAAGAUCAUUCAUCGUUGA